UUCCAAAAACACCCCCAGCUAAUGUAAGUGGCAGAAGUGGAAGGCGACAUGAAUUAGUAAUAGCAUGGGAGCCAGUGUCAGAAGAGUUUCAGAAUGGAGAAGGAUUUGGAUAUAUUGUAGCCUUCAGACCCAAUGGAACACGUGGCUGGAAGGAAAAAAUGGUGACAUCUUCAGAUGCUUCAAAGUUCAUCUACAGAGAUGAAAGUGUGCCACCUCUGACUCCUUUUGAGGUGAAAGUUGGAGUUUACAACAACAAAGGAGAUGGUCCCUUUAGCCCUAUUGUGGUCAUAUGCUCAGCUGAAGGAGAGCCUACUGCUGCUCCCAUCGAUGUCAAAGCUACGAGUUUGUCUGUAUCAGAGAUUCUUGUUGCGUGGAAACAUAUUAAAGAAAGCCUAGGAAGACCACAGGGAUUUGAGGUUGGUUACUGGAAGGACAUGGAGCAGGAAGAAGCAGCAGAAAAGGUCAAAACUGAGGGAAAUGAGUCAUCCAUCCUCCUGACAGGAUUAGAAGGAAACACAUUAUAUCACCUAACGGUGAGGGCGUACAACGCUGCAGGGUACGGACCACCUAGCACUGCUGUGCGUGCAGCAACCAAGAAGUCCCCUCCCAGCCAAGCACCAAGCAAUAUUAUGUGGAUACAGGACGGCUCUCAUGUGUCUCUUGGGUGGGAGCCAGUUAGACCUCUAGCUAAUGAAUCUGAUGUAAUGGGAUACAAGGUAUUAUUUAGGCAAGAAGGCCAGAGCAACAGUCAAGUUAUAGAAACACAGAAAACCUCUGCGGUGGUACUUCUUCCUGAUGUUGGUGUCUACAUCAUUGAGGUCUGUGCAGUCAGUGAAGGAGGGGAUGGGACUGCAAGUCCCCAGAUCAGAGUUCCAUCUUUUUCAGGAGGAAAAGUAACAAGUGCUCAAUCCACCUUACAUGUGUUGUCCACUUCCUCGUCCUCUGUAACAUUGCUUUUGGCACUGAUGGUUCCUUCAACCUCAUGGUGAAGACUGCAGACUUUGUUGUUGUUGUUAUUUGUUUGCUUUAGCUUGAUGACACCAAGGGAUGGAGUUUUAUGUCUGUGGAGAAACUGGAAACCCACGCUAAUGUUUAAAGAUCCAUAGAAAUGCCUGUGGUGCACUUAGAGGAGUGUUGGAGACACAGUUAAUAAUUCAUCAGGUUUUUUUCUUUUCAUUUUUUGUAAAAGUCCUCUGGGGAAGGGACACUUCUUGGCCCAAAAAUAUGCAGAUUGUAUGUAAUAAACUUUUGUAAGGAAACGUAAUUUCUGUCAAACGUACUUUACUUUUUUAAUAUGUUUGAUUUUGGUGACCCCAGUCAUGUAUCAUUAGGUGUUUAAACAGUGGUGUCUAGUACAGUACAUCUGUUUGGUUUGGAAAAAAAUUCUUUUUUAAAUAUAGAACAAAUUUUGAUACAACAUUGUCAAAUACUUUUCUUGCAUCCCCUAUGGCUGGCUGUUCCAACUGACAAGAGAGAAAAAUAUAGUUUAGAUAUACAGCCCACUGCAAAAGUACAGAGAAUUUGUUCUGAAAAUGUAUGCAUAUGUAUUUAAUUAGCAAAAAGAAUUGUCAAUACCAGACAGCACACUCAAAGUGGCAAAAUGGAGCAGAAAAGAAGCCAUUUAUUUUAUUGCAAGGUAAACGGAAAAUGAUUAAACACAAACUUAAAGGAAACAAGUUUGUUUUUCAUCAAAUACCGUAUGAUUUAAUGUCAAAUGAAUCAAAUAUUGAUUUUCAAUAGCAAA